AUGUUGAGCUCUGAGAGCUUCACCGUGCUGGGCAGCCUGAUGUUGGCACUGGCGCUGGCAGUGGGUCUGCCCGGCAACCUCCUGGUCGUGUGGGCUGUCUUGAGCCAAGGCCGAGGACGCGGCGGCCGGAUCCGACGGCCCGCCACCUCCACCUCCGUGCUGCUACUGCACCUGGCGCUGGCCGACAGCUUCACUCUGCUCACCAGCCCGUUCUGGAUCCACUUCCUGGUGUCCCGGGACUGGGUCUUCGGCUCGGUCGCCUGCAAACUCGCCCACUACGUCUGCUGCCUCAACAUGUACGCCAGCGUCUUCCUCAUCAGCACCAUGAGCGUGGAGCGCCUGCUGGCCGUGAUCAGGCCGUGGUUCCGCCGAACCCGCCGCAGGCGCUGGAUCCGCCGCGCCGUGCUCCUGGGCCUGUGGGUACUGGCGGCGCUGGCGGCCGUCCCCGCCGCCUACUACCGGGACGUCGUGCGGGGCAAACUCCACUGCUGGCGGAUCUGCGAGCCCGAUCACCCAAACCCCAACCACGCGGCCUUCCACCACUUGACCGAGACGCUGCUGGGCUUCCUGCUGCCGCUCGGGCUGCUGAGCGCCUGCUACUGGGUGGUGGGCCGCAGGGUGCGGUCGCUGCGGCACCCGGGCAAGAGCCGUGCCGGGCGGCUGAUGGUGGCUGUGGUGGUGGCCUUCACCGCGCUCUGGCUGCCCUACCACUUCGUCAACGUGGCGCAGGUGACUGCCGAGCUGGGCGGCAACAAGCAUUUCCAAGGCCUGAUGGAGGAGGCCCGCCCGCUGGUGACCAGCCUGGCUUUCCUCAGCUGCAGCGUCAACCCGGUGCUGUACGCCUUCUGCGGCGCCCGGCUCCUGCACUCGGCCCGGUACAACCUCGUGGCGCGGCUCUUCGACGCGGCAGCCGCCGUCGCGGCGGAGGAGGAGGAAGGGGGGAGGUCGGGAGCCAGGCGUGAUACUGGGAGCGGGCCGGAGGUGGGGCUCAGCCAAACCGUGGGGAACACAAAGGAGUCGUUGUGAGGGCGGCCUAACCCGGGUGGGCUGGGUCCCGUGGGGGGGACGGCGUCAGUUCAGUACAGGGUGGAUGGGUGGGUCCCGGCCGGAAAUAGAAGAGGGUAAGGGGAGGAGGGAUUGUCCAGGACAAGGUGGGUGAGGGAGGGGUGUGUCCGGAUGAGAGGGGGAGAAGAGUGUAUGGGAUGAGGAGGAGUAGAGGAAGGGAGGGGGCAAUCCAGGACAGUGGGCAAAGCAGUGUGGCAGCUGCGGGAGCCUCCAGGAUCGAGGGAGAAGGGGAGGGUCUUUUGCACCCCAGGGCACACACUUCAUGAUUGGCAAACUCUCCUCCAGGCAUUCCUUGUGCAGUCCCACCUUCCGGUCCAAAUCCAGCAGAUCCUCUCCCCCUGUCCCCUCAUCCAUCUUGCCGAAGGAUCUCGGCCCGAAAUGUCAACUAUACUUUCCCCAUAGAUGCUGCCUUGCCUGCUGAGUCUCUCCAGCAGUUGGACUGUACUGCCCUCAUCCGUCCCUCCCGGUUGAUUGUCCCUUCUCCAUCUCCAUCAUUGUCCAUCUCCGCCACCAUCCCCUUCCCAGUGGACAGGCUGGAUCUGUGAUAGUCACCGUGUCCAUUGUCGGAUUUGACACAUGCUGUUUGUAUAUAAUGAGUAAAUAAUCAUCACAAUAGAGCAGAAACUAUAAUGGGACGAUUCAUAAAUCUCUCCCGCCUUUCCCACUGGCAGAACAUCAAUACAUCAGGUAGAGAAAUAGGAGGAAUCUGUUCAACCUCCUCACACUACCCCCCACCCCCCCACCGCUGUAUCACACCAGGGCCAAUCCUAGGGUCACAUUGCACCUAUGCAAAGUCCCCUCACAGGAGGAGGAAAAGGGGAUCUGUGAAUUGGCAGAUUGGACUCAUAAUUGACUUGCCCCCACAAGGCGGGUGGGUGGGGCGUCUGUGAUUGGUGGUGUUCCAUCAGGAUCUGUACCGAGACCCCAAGUCUGGCAGCAUUGGGAACAGUGUAAAAGGUUGCCAAGGUGUAAAGUGGGAUAUGGGCAGAGAGACGGCAGAUGGGGUGGGUUAGCUCCUGGGCUGACUCUUGCUUCGUGUGGAGGUCAGUGGGAAUGGGAAGGAUCCCCCGGAGUGUUUGCACGGCUCCAUGGUCCCAUGACCUUCGAGCCAGGAGAUCCAUGCCAACCUGUAAACCACCCCCUUACAGCCAUCCUGCCAUUGAUCCCGACCUCAACUCCCCACGACCGGAUCCCGACCCUCAUCUGCACAGUGGCGGACAACUCACAGCAAAUCGAGCUUCUCUCGGAAGUGGAAAAAAAUCAGACACAGUUCUCUGGAAAGGGAGGCAUGCGAAAGACGGAGAGCAGGAAGAGAGAGGACCUGCUCCAAUCAUGCAGGGUCCCGGCGAGGCAACCGGGACUGGUCUGGCCUCCCUACCGAGGAAGGGAGCUCCAGAAGGAGUUGCAGAGGGAGCGCUGCAAAGGUUCACUGGAUCGGUUUCAGUGAUGAGGGGAGUGCGAUUGUCCCUCAAGGAGAAAUGAAACAGA